UGACAGAGUGAAUGUUACAGUAGAACGAUCCUCAUCAAAUCUGAUUUUAUCUUGUGCAAUAGUUGUUUGUAUGGUCCGAGUUUAGAAAGCCGGUGAUAUAAGCACGCGCGCGCGUUAUGGUUUGUAUUUUCACUUUGUUUUAUCAUCGCUUACAACAGAGGUGCACAAUUAUGAUGUCAUUCUGUGUGCACGCUGUUGGAAAGUUGAGGAAAACCGGUGAUUUGCGGUGAGUAAGAAGACAAUACCGAGGUUUUAUUUGAAAGAGGCACUGACGAUUAUUGAAAUCCAGGAAAAGAUGGCAGAACAAGACGCACAAGAAAUUAAAGGAGUAUUAAAGCGACUGAAGGAAAACAUUGCAAAACUUCAACCUUCAUUUGAAGAAGUUGUUGCCGAGCAGGCUGAAAUGUUGAUUGGUGAUGAAAGGAAAAAACUCCGAAAGGCAUAUAAAGCCGAGUGUAAAGAUUUGCUACGCGAACUAAAAGAAGUGAAGAGUGAAAUGGAAGAGUGUAUCACUGACAUCGACCGAAACACCAGGAAGUGUAUCCAUGAGGUCAAUCGGGACAUGGACGAAAAAUUCAGAGCUGUUAUUCGUCAAGAAAGGCUUAAAAGGAGUAAAGAACUUGACGAAAUUAGAGUAGAAACAAAGAAUAAUACAAUUGUUGAACUUCUCAGCCCUUGCAAUAAAUAUCAGGUCAUGAAAAUUUCUGUAAAUUCAAAUUUUGUUUCCAAGAGCACGCCGAGAUGCGCAAGUUGUGGCAAAGAGAGCGUAUGGUUGUAUUUCUGCGGAGGUUGCAAAAUUUCCAGAUAUUGCGACGAAAAAUGCCAAGAAGCUGAUUGGGAGAGCCACAAGAACACCUGCAUAGGAUUGAAUAAUAACUAAGAGUAACGGAAAGCUAUACCACUGUAAAGUGAGCAAUCUUUGCGAAAAUUAAACUGCUUAAACUUGUUUUGCUACUGUUAACUUCGUGUACUUGCCCCUAUCAGUAUCUGUUUUAAAAGAGUGUCACUUGGUAGAGAUUUGCUUAAAAAUAGGAAAGCGUUCUUCUAAGUUUGGUUGUGUGUAUGUGUUUUUUUGUAUGUUAGUUCCGCAAAAUAUUGUUAACAACGGAGACAACGCGCGAGUGAUUACGGGAAAUAAUCUCGCCCCGUAUUCUUUCAUCGCAAUCGUCCACUUCCCCUCCCUAACCCCCGUGUAUCAAGAGAAUAUGAGCUGUAGUUUAAGCUCUCUUCUUGUAUGCAAAACUGAAACCUUCAGUGCAAUGACAGUGGCAUGUCCUUGAGAAUCAGUACAACAGAGGUGUUUCCUCCAAAUAAUAAAGCGAUGAACAUUUUUCUAGGCCGGCGUAAGCUUGAGCUAUGAAUUUCUGCUUAUCUCAAUGACCUAUUAAAACAGACAAAAGAGCUCGUAAAAUAAUUUUGUAAUUCAGACUAGUGAUUAAGCUUUCACUCUUCUAUCAUUUCGUCAGUCCUAUUUCGUUAAUCAUCAGUGCGCGCACGCAUUCAUAGUAUGCGUCACAAAACGCGUCAUAAAGGUCAUUUAAAAGUUACAUGCACGUGGUUAGAAUUAGAAGAAUUCGACGCUUUGCGACGUCAUAAAGCUAUUUUGAACUCCAGGGU